UCAGCCUUCUCGCACGCCGAUUCGGACAUCAUAACCCAUGAGGUCGAGCUGGACGAAAGCUUGCUCGCUUCCACGUCUCAAAAUUCCGGCAUGAGCAUCGAGGAGCUGUACGACAUUCGUUCCACCGCGCUCAAAAUCCUCGGCUUUGAUCCUCAGGGCGACGCGAAGCGGAGGGUCCAUCUUCGGCGCUUCAAGAGCAUCGCACUGCAAUUCCCAGACGAGCUGCUCUGUGACUCCGUUCCGAUAUACUGGGCCUUGAAAAAGGCACUGCGGGAGUUGCUGCAAGGUCAAGCUAUAGAUGGAAGCGGUGGAAAUGAACCAGCAGAGGAGCCCGAGCUCUACAUUCUCGCCGAUACAAGCUACGGCAACUGCUGUGUCGACGAAGUGGCAUCUGCCCACGUCUCUGCAGACUUGGUCGUACAUUACGGGCAUGCAUGUCUGUCCCUGACUGCGCGGCUACCAACUCUGUACGUCUUCAGCAAGCUCUCAAUCAACGUCGAUCAAGCUGCGUUAAGCUUGUCCGAAAAGCUUCAGUCUGCUUGGGACGAUGAAGGCAAAGGCAAAGCGCGAAACGUUGCCCUGCUCUACGAAGUCGGCUACGCGCACAAAGCCGGACAUAUCGCGGCCGCCCUUCGAAAGGUUCCGACCACUUGUGGUUGCGGCUCCACUGGGUAUGCGCCGAACUUGUCAACAUGCAAUGCCUCGCCAGGAAGCGCGCGAUAUCUGUCGCUACCAUCGGAGCUGACGGUUGCCGAAUGCGACAUCAUCUACAUCGGUAGCGCUGAAUCUCUUUCCCUCAUCAAUCUGCUGCUCUCUCACCCACCCUCCACUCGCUUCCCGCGCCUGUUCAUCACAUACGACCCACGGGCUCAUUCGGCGACGGCGCGGAUAGAGGAUGGGCGCGCCACGAAUCGGCUGCUCAUGCGGCGCUACGCGCUGGUGCAAAAAGCAAAAGACGCAUCUGUCGUCGGCUUGCUCGUCGGUACGCUCGGUGUGGUAUCUUACCUUCCCUUGCUCAAGAGCCUGCGUAAGCUGCUCACAGGCAAAGGGAGCAGGCGCAAAGUGUACACAAUCUCUGUGGGCAAACUGAACCCGGCCAAACUGGCGAACUUCCAGGAGAUUGACAUCUUCGUGCUCGUCGCGUGCCCCGAGAACUCGCUCGCGCUGCACGGCACCGGUGGUGGCAGCCAUGCGGGAAAGGACUACUUCAAGCCGGUCAUCACGCCUUUUGAGAUGGUCGUCGCGCUCAGGAGUCUCGAGGAGGGGGACAGUUCGAGCGGAGGCUGGACGGAUGGGUACGAGCUCGAUCUGGGCAGAUUGAGCCUGCGGAGCGAACAAGACAACGAAUCUAAAGCGGCAGGUGAUUGGGGCGAUGAUGGGGACGAUGACGAUUCGUACCAACGACGCCCGCAUUUCUCACUCGUGACCGGCUCCUUCGUCUCGCGCCAAACCUACCGGUCAAACCAGGCACUGCGCCAAGACAGAGGGAACGCCAAAGCCAUCGGAGCGGACGACGCACUGGCCAGCGGCGGCAUCGACAGUCGGACGAUCGCGCUGCGGCAGGCGGACGGCACGCUGACGCGUGUGCUGGAUAGUGCCUCGCCUGCACACCUCGAAGGACGUGCCUGGAAGGGUCUUGAGCGACGCAUCGGUCUGGACCCCCCCGCUGCUUUGGAGGAGGGUCGGGCGGGCAUUGCGCGAGGAUAUGCAGAU